AUGGCAGAAUCCACCGACGAGAUCCGCGUGCGAACAGAUGGCCCCCCUCCGGCCAAGCGCCGACGCACUGCUGGCCCCACGAAGCCGCGCACGACUGCCUACAUCGACCUCGAAAAUCCCCGCGGUGACGGGGAGGAUGAGAAUCUCGAGAGGCUCAUUUCGGCCCUGAGGAAGAAGAAGAAAAUCGUCGUCAUUGCCGGCGCUGGCAUCUCGGUAUCGGCUGGCAUUCCCGAUUUCCGCUCCUCCACGGGCCUCUUCGCGACCCUCCGUGGUCAGCACAAGCUCAAGGCAUGCGGCAAGCAUCUCUUUGACGCGUCAGUGUACAAGCAUGAUUCGUCCACCGAGUCAUUCCAUGCCAUGGUCCGUGAGCUGGCCCAGAUGACGGCCGGCGCGAAGCCGACCCCGUUCCACCACAUGUUGGCCUCGAUUGCUGCCGAAGGCAGACUUAUGCGCAUGUAUAGCCAGAAUAUCGAUACCCUCGACACCCAGAUGCCGCCGCUCGCGACCACGGUCCCAUUGAACUGCAAGGGCCCCUGGCCGACCACCAUCCAGCUCCAUGGCGGGCUCGAGAAGAUGGUGUGCACAAAGUGUGGCCACCUGGAACCCUUCAACGCGUCCUUAUUCCAGGGUCCCGAACCCCCGCUGUGCGAGAACUGCAAAGAGCAGGAUCAGGUCCGGACAACCUUCGCCGGAAAGCGGAGCCAUGGCAUCGGCAGGCUGCGUCCGCGGAUCGUCCUGUACAACGAGUACAACCCGGACGAGGAAGCCAUCGGCAACGUGUCCAAGGCCGACCUGCGCAGGGUGCCCGAUGCCGUUAUCGUGGUGGGCACAAGUUUAAAGAUUCCCGGAGUGCGGCGCAUCGUCAAGGAGAUGUGCCAGCUGACCAGGAGCCGGCGGGACGGCAUAACCGCUUGGAUCAACCUCGAACCUGAGCCGCAAGGCGUCGAGUUCAAGGAUUGCUGGGAUCUUGUCGUGAGGGGAAAGUGCGACGACAUUGCCGAGCUGGUCAGCCUACCGCGCUGGGAUCAACAAGACAUCGGCGAACCGGACACGUACAUGAUAAGUGGCGACGAGCAGAGGGAGAAGCGGUGCGCAGACUGCCUGAAUCGCGGUAGAAUCGACGUGCUUCUCGAGGCCAGGCGCCGGACAAGCGUGGAUCAGGAAGGCUUCGGCUCUUCAGUGGAGGCGCCGUCAGCCGCGGGCCGAGAACCCAAGCUCCUCAGAAACGGCGGUAUGCCCACGCCCAGCGCCAGCCCCCGGGUCCGGAGCCCUCUUCCCUCGGUCAAGCCGAUGGCAAAACCCGCAACGAAGCAGAGCACGCUCGUCUUCGGUAAUUCGGCCGUCUCAAAACCAGCGGCCAAACCACGAAAGGGUGCCACAAACAAGCGGAAUCCCAGACAGCCAAAGAAGGAGCCAAUCAAGCCCAGAAACAGGCUUGACCAGACCUUCCGCACGAUCAAGGCAGCAGCAGCGGCGGCAGUCCCGUCCAAGGACAAGGACAACGCCAAGACGCCACAGAAUCGGCCAUCUUCCGAAGAAGAAGCCGACUCCUCUUCCUCCGACCUUUCCUCUCCCCUGGAUCUUCCCGGCGAUUAUCUUAGCCUCCCUUCGUUGCGGCCCACACCCAGUGUCGGCAAGAAGCCCUCCCCGCUCAAAGUCUCCCCGCACCCACCGCCAUCAAACAGCAGCGGUCCUCUUGGUGCGCUUGGUUGGGCAGCGGCCGAGGGAAAGGGGACAGCAGCGUCAGCGUCUUCUGAACCGCCUAGGACGCCGACCGAGAAUACCAAUGCGGAUAACGCCCCGGGCGUAGCCGCGACGAUUUCACCGAAGUCCAAGCCUAGGAGUAUGGGGCACCUGAUUGAUUGA